GUGUGCAGAGCAACAACAACAAGAAAAAAAAAUCUCAUUUUUGGCGCUAACAUUUCAAAGUUCGUGGAGGAAAGUGGGGCUAAGGAGAAGGGUUGAGAGACUUCUAUAGAGAAAUAAUGGCUGUAGAAGUAGAAGCAGCAGAGCGGCAGCUCAACAUCGAAACUGAAGCGGGCGAAAUCACUGAUACUCAAUUGGACGGACCCUCCCAAUCUUGGCCGGUCAUCAACUACGCUCUUCCGCCCUAUCGCAGUUAUCAUUUUUUCAACCAAUUCCGAACCCCUUCAAACCCUAACAAGUUUUUAAAGGGAGUCAAAUGGUCACCUGAUGGUUCUUGCUUCCUCACUUGCUCUGACGACAACACUCUUAGUAUAUUCUCACUACCCUAUGACGAAAGUGGAUACCUUAUAGCUGACAGCUCAGCAGCUGAAGAAAGCGAUUCCUAUUCAGCAAGUGUAGUGAUUAGUGAAGGAGAAUCUGUUUAUGACUACUGCUGGUACCCUUGCAUGUCGUCUGCAAGUCCAGAUACAUGUGUUUUUGCUACUUCUACUCGUGACCAUCCUAUUCAUCUGUGGGAUGCUUUUUCUGGACAGCUACGGUGCACAUAUCGUGCUUAUAAUGCAGUGGAUGAAAUUACAGCUGCCUUUUCAAUUGCUUUCAACCCUUCAGGGACUAAGAUAUUUGCAGGAUACAACAAAUCUCUUCGAGUAUUUGAUAUUCACCGACCUGGAAGAGAUUAUGGACACCAUUCCACUUGUGAUGGUAAAAAGGAAGGGCAAUCAGGCAUCAUAUCCUCAAUUGCGUUCUCUCCUAGCCAGAAUGGAUUGCUAGCUACUGGUUCAUAUAGCCAAAGCACUGCAUUGUAUAGAGAAGAUAACAUGGAAUUGCUAUAUUUAUUGCAUGGCCAAGAAGGUGGCGUCACUCAAGUGCAAUUUUCAAAAGAUGGAAACUACUUGUACACUGGAGGGCGUAAGGAUCCUUAUAUUCUCUGCUGGGACAUCCGGAAUACUGUUGAAGUUGUUUACAAGCUGUACAGAUCAUCUGAAACUACCAACCAGAGAAUAUAUUUUGAUGUUGAACCCCACGGUCACCACCUUGGAACUGGUGGGCAGGACGGUUCUGUUCAUAUUUAUGAUCUACAAACAGGACAUUGGGUAUCAAGCUUUCAGGCUGCAUCAGAUACUAUUAAUGGUUUCUCCUACCAUCCUUUUCUGCCAAUGGCUGCAACUUCAUCUGGGAACCGAAGAUUUUUAGAUUUUGACGAUUCUUCUGAGGAUUUGGUCCUGACCGAAAAUGAAAACUGUGUCUCCGUGUGGAGUUUCUAUUCAUCCACCGAGAGAAGCACUGCAAGUAGUAAUGCUGAUUUAGACAUUGAAGAUGAGCAUCCUGAAGGUGUUCUAGUGGGCCAACAAGAGCUGGAUAGGCUUCACCAGCAACCAUGAAAAAACACACCAUCACAAGUCUCUUUGCCUCACUCAUCUUGCUGUUCAUCAGCAAAAUCAUAAUCCAUUUAUCUGUUGGGUUGUAACUUGUAAGGGUUUCUUUUAAUUUAUGUUUAUUAUUUCCACACAUAUAUUUUACAAUGUUUUUCUUUUUGAAUCUCACAUCAUUUACCAGCUUGUUCAUUGGAAUGAAACACUAUGGAAUCAGGGUAAAAAAUGUUAGGGAAAAACAAGAAAAGUAUGUAGCAGAAAAUAAAAUGUUGAGCAGAACAAAAUAAUC